AUGUUGAAGUUGCCUCCAAUCAAGCCCCUGCAGGGUUUAAAGCCAAAGCUUCAGCCUGACAGCUUGAUCUCCAUCAGGGAGCUGAAGAACCAGGUGUGGGAUGUCGAGCAGCAGCUGAAAGAGGCCAGGACUGAGAACAAACUGCUGAAGAGGCUCCAGCAUCGCCACACGGUGGCACUGCAGUACUUCCAAGAUUCAGAGGACAGCAUCUCACAGAUUUUAAAAAGGCACAACAAUGAGGUCCGAGGUCUUCAGAGGCUCCUCAGCGAGGCCCGCAACAGUCGUGAUAACCUGGCAAGGCAGCUACAGGCCACAGAGAACAGGUUACUGAACACAAAAGCCUCCCUCCAGCAUCUGCAGCUGCUCAGCCAGAACCACAGCCUGCUGCAGAGGGAGGAUCUCACCCUGAGGCUGGCUGAGGUCACUGCACAGCUGGAGAUGAAGGACAAGAGGAUACUGUACUUGCAGAAGAAUUUUGAGCUGUGCCAAGCUUCAUUCAAACGCCAAAUAUUUGCUGAAAAGAGAGAGAUCGCUGAGGAAAGAAAGCUGACCUGCCAUCUGCAAGAGCAAAUAUAUCAGCUAAGCAAAAUAAAUCAGGAUAGAGAGAAGGAACUGGAGAAACAUAACAUUUACUCCCAGAGAUUCUUAAAAGGACCAUUCAAAAAAGGUAUAGAAGAUAACAUUCUACUUUAAAAUAUUAUUAUUGUCUGUCUUGAAACUUAUUUCUGAUUUCUAGGCUGG